GAGCGCACUUCAGGUUGGCGCAGGCACCGGGAGAACGGAGCGUUGUGCACGGCGGCGGCAUGGCUUCGUCUCACGGGAGAAGCGACCUGCGGUUUGCAGACUGGAUGGCAAGUUUACCGCAGAGCAUGCACACCAUCCCGCUCACCAACUUGGCUAUUCCCGGUUCCCAUGAUUCGUUCAGUUUCUACAUUGAUGAGGCAUCUCCUGUGGGACCUGAGCAGCCAGAGACAGUGCAGAACUUUGUUUCUGUUUUUGGCACGGUGGCAAAGAAGCUAAUGAGGAAGUGGUUGGCCACCCAGACGAUGAACUUUAACAGCCAGCUGGAGGCUGGGAUCCGCUUUUUUGACCUGCGCAUCUCCACCAAGCCCCGAGACCCUGACAACGAGCUGUACUUCGCCCAUGGGCUCUUCAGUGCCACGGUCAGAGAGGGUCUAGAGCAGAUCAGCAGUUUCCUGUCGGCUCAUGCCAGAGAGGUCGUGUUCCUGGAUUUCAACCACUUCUACGGCGUCCAGAACCUGCACCACGAAAAACUGGUGGCCAUGUUGAAGGAAGUGUUUGGAGAGAAACUCUGCCCGGUCGUCUUCGCCCAGGAGGUGACUCUGCAGUAUCUGUGGGAGAAAGAGUACCAGGUGCUCGUGUUCUACCACCACCCAAUGGCCCUGGAGGUGCCCUUCCUGUGGCCAGGCCAGAUGAUGCCUGCUCCCUGGGCCAACACCACUGACCCAGAAAAGCUGGUUCAGUUUCUCCAGGCUUCUGUCACUGACCGCAGGAGGAAGGGGACCUUCUUUGUCUCCCAGGUGGUUCUGACUCCCAAAGCCAGCACUGUGAUGAAGGGAGUUGCAAGUGGACUGAGAGAGACCAUCACAGAGAGGGCUUUGCCAGGCAUGAUGCAGUGGAUCAGGUCCCAGAGACCCGGGGAGAGCGGCAUCAACAUUAUCACAGCUGACUUUGUGGAGCUGGGAGAGUUCAUCAGCGCUGUCAUCACCCUCAACUAUCACCUGGAUGAAGAGGAUGAUGAUGCCACCUGAAAAACCCGUAGGGUGCAUCAGAGAGCACAGUUUCCACCCCCAACCGGUGGCUUGGCCUGCGCUCUCACUUUUUCUCUUUGGCAUUCAUUUCAGGAUUGGAGCAGGGCUGCUCCUCUCACUUUAUUUAGGGCUAUUUAGGACUGAGAAGUCACAUGGAGACAGUGUUAAGGGAUGACAUGUUUUGGGGGGUCUAGAGAAAAGGAGAGUGUUUUGGUUGCAGCACUGAGAGAGUAACAGACUUUUUGGUUCUUACCUAUUUUUUGGGAUCAAAAGGGCAAUUGGUUUUACAGUGAGAUGUUUAUUUUCUUUACCUCACGCGCUGUAAAUAUAACUGCUUUUUUCCUCCAAUAAAUUGCACUGUUCCAGGUUUACUUCAUCCAAGGGUAGGAUCUGCAGAGCAUAUCAGCGUGCUGAUAAAUGUACAGGUACUUUGUUCUUGGUAUUCUAGUGACAGUGAAGGUUUUUCAAGAGGUUGUUCCAUUGCAUAGGAGUCAGUCCGUUUUAAAUUAGUGGUAAGUUGGUGUAACUCAAACUACUCCCAUGUAGGCUAGUGUAAGUAGAAGUUAUUUGUCUUGUUUGGGAAAUUUGUCCAUGAAAAGUUUUUUGUUGUUGUUGUUGUUUUCUUUUUUUGUUUGUUUUGUUUUUACAGUAUGCAUUCUGGUUCGAUCACUGCAGCUGUUUCUCAAAAUGUCUCUCAGAGCUUGAAUGCAGUGUGUUUAAAAGAAAAACAAAGGUUUUCCUGACAUGUUUCCACUAUGAAGAGAUAGAAAAUCAGGCAGAGGGAGUUUCCUUUUCAUGAGCGAUAAUAUCUCAAGGGUUCUUCUCUCCCAGUAAUGGUCUACUCUGAAGUCAGCCUGUGGCAAAGAAAUUGAUCACACCAUUGAUUCAACUCCUCAUUCAAAACCACCAGAGAGAGAGAGAGAGGGAGAGAAAGAGAGGGAGAGAGAGGGGAGGAGAGAGAGAGAGAGAGAGAGAGAGAGAGAGAGAGAGAGAGAGAGAGAGAGAGAGAGAGAGAGAUGGAUCGAGCAUCUGGGAUGGGCUGUGUGAAAAAAAUACACCAAUCAUAUCAAGUAUUUUCAGCCUGUGGUGCAUCUAAAUGAAACUAUAAUUUUCUACUUGUCAGUGUGUUUAAAAUUUCAAGAGAAGUGCUGUUGUCUGUCACUGUGGAGUGCUAACAGAAAAACGUAACUCAUGUAAGACAUGCAGGUAGCAAGGCUAUCAGUGCAAACAGUCAUUUCUAAUGGCUAGCAAUCCAGGAUGACAAAUGUAUUGAAUUUUGUUUUUGGGUGUUCAGUGGUGAUAGCGAAGCGUGUUGGAAUUCCUAAGAUAUCACGGACGAAAAUACGCAAUCAGUGUUUUGCUCAGAUGCACUAACAACCUAAAAAUACAGUACAUCUGCUGGUUUGUCCAAGUGGGAUACAAGAAUGUAUCCAGUCUCCGCCUUUCCUCCGCUGAACGUUUUGCCCUGUGUGUGUAUCUAUAGUUACUGUUGUAGUGCAGUAUAGAUAUGAGUCAUAUAAGAUCUGUGGCAGUGUUAUGGCUUUCAUAAUACCAGAUGAUAAAGUCAAGCCUAAAGCUGCUUUGAAAUGAAAACCUCAUGUCUCUGAAAAGUUUCACUUUUUUUUCCUUCUCUUGGUUAAAGAAUCAACCAGUUUUUGAGUGUCCGCCUGUAUUUGAAACUACUUCAACUUUCAAAUUAGUUUCAAGGUCAUGAAAGUUGUUUAACAUAUAGAGAAUAUAGUUAGAAGAGGUAAUAAUAAUAAUAAUAAUAAUAAUAAUAAUUUGGAAUCAUGAGGUUUUGAUGUGACAGCAGUGCUGUAUCACUCAGAAAGAAAAAAAAAACCUACUGUAAGUGUUCGGUCAAGAUCUGCUGUCGUUGUUGUAGCUCUUUGGCAUUUGCUUUAUGGGUGUUCCAUGUUUUAGUGCAGUAUAUCACCAGAUUUAUGUUAUGCUCUAUGAAUAGGAUGAACUAGAAUGCAGUAUUACACAUUUACAAUGUUAGUUUCUUUGUUUAGUUUUCUAUGAUGCAUCUGAUUAAUUCUCCAUCCAACAAAUUUCCUUUUCACAUGCAAAAGUUCAGUCAGCACGGUGACACAGAAAUAUGAUGGAGACUGCAUCUUUUCAUCGCAAAGUUUUUACACAUUAUGCAUGAAAACCACAUCAUAUUAGUCGAAACCCACACGUAUUACCGUCGGUGUGGCAUUUUCUGAAGAGAAUGUAUUCUGUAAGGACAUUGUUGUCUAGUUUAUUAAUGUAAACCAAAAAAUACAGGAACGUUAACUUUUGGAUUUGUGAAUGUAUGUGUCUUGUGAGUAAAUGUGCCAUUUCUGACAGUUUCAUCUGAUCGAGUGACUGAUUGGGUAUCAGCUAGAAAGUAAUGUUUGUACUGUAUAUGCUUUAUUGUAGAAAUGAAUCUUAAAAAAAAAAAAAAAAAAAACUUUUUUCAAUUACUUCAGUGUGGAUUCAUGUUAAAAUAUGUUUUAUAUCACAAAAAGCUUGUACAUACUGUAAUUGCAAAUAGUUUACUGCUAAUAAAUUGUACAUUAUUUAAAUUAUUACAAAGACACAUUGACAAGAAUUAAUUACUUCUCAACAUAUACCUUAACUGAGUUAUCAUACUGCUUCUUCUUGCCUCUUAUAUUUAUUUCAGUUUGUGCAUGAGCCAACCAAGACCCAUGAGGUUUGUGCAUCUCUGUAAUUAUUUUCAUCAUAUAAUAAUUCUGUCCAUCAUAUAAUUUUUAAGGGCAUCGAUUUUCAACGCAUCUCAUUAAGAAAUAACCUCGGUAGGGAUGCAAAAUUUUACCCUUUAAGACAAAUCUCCAAGCUCUUUUUUUUUAGACAUUGCACUGCUAUCCCAUAAAGAUUAGGAAUGAAUCCACACAAAUGAGCAAAUCUGAAAAAGUUUGUAAGUUGUGUUGUGAGGACAGUGUGUCUUCCCUGGUCCAAACAGUUGUCAUUGCCUUUAUGUUGUUGUACUCACAUUUCUGGUGUGACAAAGGGUCCUUUGCUAUUGUAAAACUCAAACCUUUGUUUGUUCAAAUGAACGUAACUCUGUUCUAAAUGGAAAAUGACCAAUCAAAUAAAGCUUCUAUGCCUGUA